CAUAGUACUUGCACAAAGUCUGUUUUUUUAUCUCCAACUAUUCCCUAUACACAUGUAGCUACGGAUACAAGAAUAAUGGUCAACUAACUUCUUUAUGGCAGCUAUUAUGUCCUGAGGGAUUCACUGUUCCAGCUGCAACCGUGUGUCGGGGGGAACUGAAGAAAUUGAAGCAGAUCUCGAGCUGCUUCACAAGCAGCUAGAGGAUGCAAAGAAAACCAUUUAGGCAGUGAGUGAUGCUCUCAAUCAAGCAGACGCCCUCAAACCUUCUGGCCACAGAAGUUUGAAAUCCAUCCAUCCCAGAUGUUCAUAUCUCCCAAAAGAAGAACCCGUAUACAGAAUAAUGGGGAGAACUAGAAUAGGACUCUCUCUUUCUCUUCUGCUAUAUUUUCUUCAGCUCUACAGAGCUAGAGGUGAUAAUUGCAACAGCCUUCCACUGAAGAAUCUUUCUUGUUACAAUGACUAUAAUCAUACCAUCACCUGUGUGUGGAACGAGUCACCUGUCUGUGAUCAUACAGAUGAUGUGUGCACAGUGCAAGCAGAACAAGUUCCAGAAGAACUGAGUUAUACGGAGCCCUACAAGACUUCCUGUAAGUUGAAGCCAUUUGAUGCCUCAAACCCAGCUUCAAAAAGCUUCUCUUUAGUCUUCAAAAUGCGUUAUACUUUUAUGUCCUAUGAUGAGUUAUCCAUUAAGGCGAACUGCACACAUUCAAAACAAAUUGACAAAAUGUCCUACAAGCCAUCGAGUCACAUUAAGUUGAAUCCACCAGGAAAACCCAAUGUAAACCAGACUACUGUGACGUGGCUUACACAAGUUAAAGAACACUACCGAAUUCGUCAUUUCCAGUCCCAGCUACAGUGGAAACAAAAAGAUAAGUCAUGGAAUGAUCCUUCUGUUCAGACUAAACAGAAGGAUCGGUGCGAAAGGUCCUGUGAGGUGCAGCUGGAUCCCAGUUUGCUCAUAAGAGACGAGACUUAUGAAGCGCGUGUUCGUGUGAAAGUCUCUGAAGAAGCUCUAAAUGGGAUCUGGAGUGAUUGGAGCCCCACAGAGUCAUGGGUGUCACCAGUGGGAACACAGAAAUCAAUAUCAGAGUAUGGCAUGGGAGUUACGAGAACUGGUGUUUUAACCCUGGCAGCGAUGGGUCUUUUGCUCACUGGCGUGGUCCUGAUAAUACGUAAAAAGACACUGAUCUACAUGGUGAAGAGUUUUAAAGGUCCACCCUUACCAGACCCUGGGAAAUCUGAAAUCUUCCAGGACUGGUUUACUCUGAAUUCUAAAGACAAAGGAGAUUCUCUUGGAUCAAAACCGGAGAGAUCUGCAGUCCAGACUUGGUUAGGGUCUCAUUUUACUGGUGAAUACGUCCAAUCUUUCUUGAGCUCGGUGGACAUUGUCCCUUAUGAAGUAACCUCCACCGUGGAUGCCGUGCAGUUCUGCAAGCCAACUGUAAAAAUUAUUACAGAAAGCGACAAUUACAACUCGAGCUGCUCCAGCUUCUCCAACCCCAGUUACUCUGAGCUGUGUACUUCUUCUUGUGUGCCUACUGAUAAACUGCAGGCCUGUGCAGUUGAUGCCCCCUACAAGCCUGUUGGGGGCCAAGCUGAAGAAAUAAACACUGAACAUGACAGUGAAUUAGUGGCAAAAAAGGAUUUGGAAAUGGUCAAGUUACUGUUUAUGAGUGGUAAUGAAAAGGUGUCAGUGGUUGUUUCAGACUAUGAGAAGGUUAAAAAGCAACAGGCCGAGCGCCACAGGCUCCACAGUGUAGAUUCAGGCAUGUGCAGUUGUGAAGAAGUCAGUCAGGAAAGCAUCGAAGCAGACAGCAUCAAUAUGAGUGAUGGACAAGAUGAGGGGACACCCCUAAAGAGACAAAUAGAGGAGGAAGACAAGGAAGGGAAUGAGACAAAAUUAGAUUUCCAGACAUUGUUUGGAGGCAGCGGGAGCAUCUUGGGCAAAAACUCUAUCCAGAUUUGUUCAGGUUAUAAAAAAAUCCCAGGGCUGCAACCUUCAGGUUGGCAAGAUGUUAGCAUGACAGCUGAGGAGAGACAGGAAGACAGAACAGACGAGGAAGAUAAGCCCUCUGAAACGACUUGCUUCCUUUUCCCUCCUCAUCCUCCCAUCACCCUACCACAGCAGCACUUAAACAUCUGUGAGUCAACUAGGAGUCCAUUCUUACCAUCUCUCCAUGUUAAUGACUUCCUUAAGCAGAUUGCUCUUUCAGGUAGUGCACAGCAGCAGUCCUGUGAUGAUGGCUACAUGCCGGUGAGGCAGAAAGAGACCUGAUAAUGGGCAGCAGGCCUUAUAUUACAGUCAGACAUAGCAUAAGACUAUUUUCAGGAAUUUGUACUAAAAAUGUACUAAUGGAAGAUGACAGUUUUAAUGAAUGUAUUUUUUUCCAUUUCAUCGGACAUUUUGAUAACAGUGUAUUUAUCAGUAUAUAUGAAAUAUGAGGCAUAAUCAACAUGAUAUUUUAAUAUGAUAAUGCCUUUCAUUUGUCUUGCUAAUUAAAACAGCUGAGAUGUGUCAGUCUGGAUGCUGAACCGUUGUAUGUCUAAAAAAGUUUGCAUGUUAAUGUGAAUUUGUAGUUCUUCUGAUUUGAAUCAGACAGAUUAAAUCUCUGAGCUCAGGGUUCAGUAACUUAAGUCAUCUCAUUACAACGAUGGUGUUGUCAAUUUUUAAAGCUUUUAUAUAAACAGUAUUGUAGCCUUUCUAGUUCAUGUUCUUCCUUUCUUUCAGUCACAAUGAAUGUAAUGCAUUUUUGUUGGAUAUGGCAUAACGUCAGUAAAGAUAAGAUGUCUUUUGAUGAUGUCCUGCAAGUGUAAUAGCUUGCCUUCUGCCCAAUGUUUAGUUUUCUCUGUUUUGAGUUAUUUUCCUGUUUAGUCCAGUUAUUGUUUAUGUUCUGUCUCUGGCCUGCUCCUGAGUUUGUUUUGGGUCUUGGCACGGAUGCCUGGUCUGAUUAAUCAUUCCUCACAUCAGCUUUCACCGGUUUCACCUGUUCCCACCACCAUAUAAGCCGCGUUCAGACGAGACAUCAGUUCCAGGUCGUCUUGUCGAGAUUACGGGUGAGUCCUCUCCAGCAAAUGUUGUUUUUGCUUAUGGAUUUUGACCCUAUUCACUCCAGUGAUCUGAGCCAUCCUGUUCUGCCUGUUACCUGCUUUUUCCUGCCCUGUUGGAUGUUUUUUUUUUCUGCUGUCUUUUUGGUGUGACGGUCAUGUUUGCUUUUUGCUGUUUUAUUUUAAAUUUUAUUAAUUUUUUUUUAUUAAUAAAUAGCCUGUACUAAACUUCUGCUGGUCUGGUUGAAUUCUGGGUCACCUGCCUCUGAUCAUUACAGCAAGAAAUUCAAUAUAUCUUUUAAUUUAUUUCUUUGGGGCAGCAUCAUUUCUAUAUUUAACAAUGUCCCUGAUUCAAAUGUGUAUGUUAGCUUUAAGAUGCACUGACAUGAAAUAAAUAUUUGAACGGAUGUAACUUAUUUUGAUAAAUUGCUUACCUUUAAGGUCUGACUUUUGUAAUGUUGAUGUUGGAAAAAUAAUGUGUCUUCUGAUAGUAACACCUAGAUUAAUCAGAUGAUUUAUCAGCAGCACAGAAGUUAAAAGCACAAAUACUGUUAAUAUAGGAAACCUAAGUUUCAGUGUUACAGCUCUAGUGUUUUGGUUUUAUUUCAUUUUAACAGCUUACUAAACCAUGUAUCAAUAACCAGGAUCUGAAAUUAUUUCAGAAUGUAUUUCGUUUAUAUUUUCAACACAUUUUUAUAUCUAAGGUCUGUGCUUUUCAACUUGUUGAAAAGCAUUCUUGAGCUAUGGUUAAAUGUUCAAUAAAGCCAUGUGAAAGGUUAA